CUCUCCGCCGCCCCCGGUGGUGCCCGGCGCUCCUCGGGGCGCUCCGCCGCUCCCGUCCGGCGACGCUCCGGGAGACGCCGAGGUCUCCUCUCGCCGUCCGGCUUAUCCCCGUCAGCGCUCGGCUCCUCGCGGCGGCGCGGGCAGCAGCCGGGUGACGGGGGUUAUUGGGGUUAUUGUCAUUAUCUCCCUCUUCCCCUGUGGUUCUGCGUCUCUCCACCACUUUCAGACCAGCCCAUUAUAACGCCGGCGAGAGGCGGAGCCAGGACGGAGAUCUGAAAGGGUGGUGGGUGGGGAAGCAAAGGUAGCAAAGGUGGGUAUGCCCUAAUAGCCGUAUCGGAGCCGCAAUUAGCCCAGAUGACAGCGAGGUCUGGUUGGAAAGUCUUAUUUAUUUAUUUAUUUAUUUAUUUAUUUAACGAAACGCGAGUGUAUUUUCUCCUGCCGGGUGCCUCCUCCACGCCGGCCGCUCCGAGCGGAGCAGAGCUCCACGGGAUCCGGAGCUCCAGCCCCGCUCCAGGUGCAGCGUGCGGAGCGGCUCAUAGGUGGCAGAGCAGAACCUGCCGCGCCUCGAUCUGCGCUCUCGGCGCCGCGCAGAGCGGCGCGUUGCGAUGUAUGUGACAGCGCAACAACCUGUUGGAACACCGCGCCGCUCCGCAGCUGGGGAUCCCUCGUGGUUUGUGUGGGCCGACGGCCUCGGCCCCUCUCCCCUGCCGUCAUAACAAGGGUGCAGGGCGAGGUGGGAGCAGGUAGGCAGCGCUGCGUGACGGGAGAGGCUGCCACAGCUUUACCCUUGGCUUUGAGCGUGUUGCUGAUGCCUUCCGAUGGCUGUGCGCAGUGUUAGAGCUGUCGCUCUCCAAUAAAAUCUUUUAUUGUGUUUUUUUCUUUUUUUUCUUUUUUAAAAAGCGACUUUGCUUUAAUGUUUUCCUAACGCUGCGACUAUAAGUCUUCCAUGAAACCCGGGACGAAGCGCUCUGUGACUUUAUCUGGCUGCUUUUCUUCCGAGACAAAAUAACCACGAUUGUCCGUUCACUUUCAGCUCUGCGCUCGUCGUGGUCUUACGCCCCUUUCUGAGGGCAGAUGUUCAGUCCCCUCCAGCAGUGCUGGAUGGGACGCUUCAACGAUGAGAGGGAGACAGCAGUAACUCCACUGAAAACUUCAGUCCUACCCUGCUGUCCAUUCAAAGUCAAUUGCAAAACCCCUUUUUGACUCCAUACGGCAGUAAAGCUGGCGUCUGCAGAACAGUACCAAAACAAAAACAUCAGCAGAAAUCCAGAGUGGUGCUUCUAUUCUAUUUCUCUUAUGGACACUUUGAAUGUUGUGUCCUGGAGUAAGAGUUGGAUUGCUCCAUGUUUUCCAAAAGCAGUCUUUCUGAAUCAGCCCUUAUUUUAGGAUGGAUGCUCCAAAAUGCAGCGACACUCUGGCUGGGACUAUGCCGUGCCCCAGCUGCCAAGGUGUGCCGGGGAGGAACUUAAAAGAAGGCAGAUUUGAAAGACCCUCAGAAGAAACAAACAGCCCUACUUUCGUUCCCCAUCUCUUUUGAAUAGAAGAAACAUUCCCACACACACCUGCACAACAUUUCAAAGCUUUGUCAUUUUUUUUUUUUUCCCAGCCUCAUAUUGAGUCUUAAAUACUAAACAGUAAGAGGUCCUCCUGUCCUUUUUGGUCAUACUCUUUCUAACUUUAAUAAUGGGUUUGAUGCCUUCCUGUUCCCACUAAAGCUGUAGCAGUUGAGAAAAAUGGGCAAUUGAGGAACAAAAAUAAGAGGAGGGAGACCUCUCUUGGCUUCUUGUUGUUCUCCCCUCACAAUGUAAACUGAGAUCUUUCAGUGAAGCACUGCGUUAGCUGUAGGUGCCAAUGUUUGUGUUUAAGGGUAUGGGAAAAAGCCAUCGUUCCUUCCAAAACUCGUGUUUUCUAAGAUGAUGCCAGUGGCGAGGGUAGGUUUUUCCUCUUCCUGCUUUUGUUAUAAAUGGCAGCAAAGUAGUGAUGAUUUUCUAGCUUACCUUUGAUGUUUAUUUUAUUACCGUUCCACUAUUUGUGUGGAAAAUGUACACAUUGUCUCUUAUCUUUAUUCAAAGAACUUAAAAAGUCAUUCAAAUGCUGUAGGUAAACACGUCAGACAUAACAGAAGCUUUUCACAGCCAUACUUCAAGACAAGGAGUGGAUGGCAAAGCUGGUUUUGCAGGAUUUAAGAGAGGACAGGAGCUUGUGCUCAAAAUAACACAAUUAGAGAUAGCUAUUAGUGGCUAUUAGUGGAGUGGGGGUACCUUCCUAAGAUCAACGUUGAUUCUUGUGUGGGCUCAAGGCCUCCGUGCUGCCUCUCAGCCAAUCCCUGUGUAAAUUGACCCAGGAAUCCAAUGUGGCUCCUACCUGGGAAAACACAUGAAGGUGCUUACGUGAGGGCUGAGCAUGGUUUAAAGAGAACCUUCCCAAGCCAAGCAGGAGUGAAGUCAAGACCGCUGCCAUUGCUGCCCAUGAAGGAAUGGGUGUAGUUUUAAGAAGAGGCAAAGUAGUACAACUGCUCCUGUCUCUCACCACUGAGAGUGUAUGUAACCUCAAGUCUUUUCCUGCUAUAGUUUUUUAAAAGGCACAGUAUCGCCUUCAGGUUUAUAAAGAUUAACACAAUCAUCGGAAAAACUGAUUCUGUUAAGUAAACUUCACAUCAAAAGCGCUUUGAUGUGCUGUGUUAUAGCAAAGCCAAACACUCCACCCCCAUCACCCCAAGAAAAACCUCCAAAAACCUUUUAGUGAAGCAAUGUGAAAAAAAUCCAGAUUCUUUGUUCUAAAAUGGAAUGUCUCUUCCUCUUGAGAGCAGCAGAGCAGCACUUUUUUUUUGAUGUAUGACCCCCUCUUUUCCUACCCAAAACAGUACCUAAUCAAAAACAAAGAAAAGAAACGUGAAUGGUGGGUCGCAAAUCACACACACAGCUUUGCUUCCCAUUUUCUUUAGUAUUUGACUCCUUUAUUUCAGAGUUUGCCAAUGAGCGUUUGAAGGAAAGGAAAUUUGCUCAACCUUUAAGUUCUGGAAUUAUCCCCCACUAAAUGUAGCAAAAUGCUACACCGUUGUGUGGUUUUGGGUAUGUUUUUGGUCUACCCCAUUGUGUUACUUUCGUGGUACUUUAAGCCAAGAUUUGACUGUACACUCCAGCGAAUAUUACGUAAAGGUGGGUUGCUCUAUGGACUUGAUUUUAUUAUUACUACUAUUUUUGAUCUUUCUUUUUCACUUGAUCCUUUCUUACUCUCUUUUCUGUCCCUUGUCCCUCCAGAUGGCUAACUAGAUUAGAGAGUACUUCCAGAUAAGAUCUUAUAAGCACAGUUGGUCAACAAAUACCUCUGUGUUGACUGGGCGAGUCUUAUAGCUAGUGGUAGGCAAGCUUAUUUGUACAUCUGAGAUGUCCGGCACAGCAGCUGGACAAAGUGCUUCAUCAUCUCUUUUCCUCCUCCUGUAGAAAGCUGCAGGAGUGCGGUGCCUUGCCAGGAAUGAUGAAAUUGGACAAUGCAAUACGCUACACGAACAACAAUAGACCAGUUCAAAGAGUUCUCUUUGGAUGGGCUGCUCACAGCAGGAGACUUGCCUAGCAUGCAUAAAUGAACUACAGAGUCUGUGGAGGUUGGCUAAUUACACUAUAUACAUUUUUAUAGUUGAAGGAAAUCCAGCUGGAGACUAAGCUGUAAGAAAGGAGGUCAGUGGAAAUUCAUUUAGACCUUGAGAGGAAGAGUUUGAUCACUGAGGUAGAAUGCAUGUCUGCGUGAAUCCCCUCAUUGUGAACUCUACGGAUUUGCACUUUUCCACAGGAACAAGCAUUCCCUUGGGGUAGGGAUUCCCAUGUGUCUUUGGCAAAUAUCGAGAGCUGAAUUUACAGUGGGGACUUCCAUUUUGACUUGGUUUUUUAUAACACAAUGUUUAGUUUCUUGGGAGUUGUUGCUUGAGAAGAAAUUUUCCCAUGCCCAAAGACUUAGAAUCAUUUCCUCCCUGUGCCCACUUCACGUCCCAUUCAAAAGUCCUCAUCUCAGCAAAUUUUUCCUUUGUACUGGAUUGUGACAGAAUGGGCAGGGACAGAUUUUUCCCCUGUGAAGAGGAUGACAUUAUUGCUGUUGUUACUAAUGCUUCGUACUACAAAAGUAAUUCCGUGUUCUCACACUGUCCUUCCCACACAGAUCUCAGAGCUCACCCAGUUUACAGCCAAGAGGAGUGAAGGGGAGAUGUCCUGCUGAAAUCUGUUUGGCAAGUCAGUAGCAAUGCCGUCUGUAGAACUGAGCUCUUCAGAGUCUUCAUCCUGUGCUGUAUCCACUGAGGUAUCCCCUGCGAGGCCUAAUCAGAAGUGUUGUGCCAUUUAGCAACCGCUGCCGGAACUGGAAUCAUGCUGUCAUGAGUCUCAGAUAACUUACAGGAUCAAGUGAACUGCAUUAUUCAGGAGCAGGCUGCAGUGGCCUUCCUGAGACAGAUACAUGCAAUUGUGAGGAAUCAUUAAAUAACUGUUAACCACACCUGUACAGAGCCUCUGGCAAUGCUGGCUUGUACAGAAACUCAAGAACUGCCAUGUGCCUGACAUCAUACCUUUGGAAGAAAAGAGAAGUCCUGGGUGUUAGCCCAAGACUGAUCUCCACAAGCUGUGAAAAACAGGAGACUCUGAACCAGAAGCUGGGCAUGACUGAAGUACAAAGGGGGUUUUCAGGAAGAUGGAAUAAUAUUUCAAAAAUUUUCAGACUCCUCUGCUGAUUUCAGAGAAGCAUAAAGCUCCAGCACUUGUUAUUGGUGUAUCAGACUAUGGAGCUAUUUCCUCAUCUCUUAAGAAAGUUCACAUUUGCAGCUUGAUUUACCUAGGCUGUUUGGAAGAGAGUCCAUUUUAACUUUCUCCAGCUGAGAUGGAGUCAAUGCUUAGCAAAGCCCCACAUACAUUAAAACCUUGAAGUGCUAUCAAAGCGUAGGAAAAACGCCCUCCUAGCAUGCUACUUUAACACCCAUCAGUUCUCUGUUCCACAGAAAUAAAUAGGAGGCUUUACUUUCAGUGCAACCUAUGUAUGUGAAUUCUGCUUUCCAGAGAGUGAGUUCUCAGAACUGCUGCCUGAAAUUGUAAAUGCCUACACAUGUUGUCACAUCAAGGGCUUGUCAUCAUCUCAACUCAAAGCAGGUGUUUGCAACACAUGAAGCAAUCACCUGGGAUACACUAGAGAGCUCUACAUGUAUUUGAGCCUGGAUACUGCUCACUCAUUAUCCUUGCUGAUGCAGAAGGUCUGUUUUGUAACAUCUUUCUAUGAAAAGCUAGAACAUCAGUGCUUGCUCCUGGAAAAGGGCCAGUGUGAGUCAUCUUGUGCAGUGUGGCAUGACUCUGAGGGUUCAAAGAAGGACUUGGCGAUUUCAGAGGCUCUAAAAAUAAGGUUAAUAAACAGGUGCUCUGCAGAGGGUCAUUGUAUAUCCCACAAGUUGCCGUGCCUUGCAUCUCUCCUCCCAGCAUUAUUUACUGCAGUGAGAACUUGCUGCUUGUGUAGAUGGAACAAAUGAUCGUGGGAUGGGGUCUGCCCCACAAGGAUGCCAGUCAGGGUCAGAUCUUUAUACUUCUGUGCAAGCCAACACAAGUAUUCCUACUGGGACCAUUUUGCCUGUAAGAGCCAAAGAUUUUAAGGCUAGAUAUGAAUCAUGUUUUCCCAUAUGCAUAGAACAAGCCAUGGAGCAGCACAGUGCAAUUUCUGCAUCAAGCCCAGCGCGACUAUUUGAACCCCAGCACCUUUUCAGAAAGCCAGCUGCAACUUCAAGCUGCAAGUGACAGCAAGUCUACAGCAUCCAUGUAUAAACUUACCCUGGCAUUGGAUUCUGAUCUGAAUUUCUUUAUCCUCAGCUCCAGAAUGAUGGUGGUCUUGCGUUCACUGCAUGUAGCAAGAGGACAGAAGAGCUUACUUCAUUCAUAGAUUUCCUGAAGGACUUCAGACGAGUAAUCAGAGCUGGUGGAACUGGACAGACAACUGAGUUCAGUAUGCACAACCUCUGUGCAAGUGACUUAGUUAGCAGUAACUAAGUAGGCAUCAUGUCUCGAGCACGCCAGCCCCCACUUGUGACUGGCAUCUCUCCCAAUGAGGGCAUCUCGUGGACAAAAGUGACAAUUCGAGGAGAAAAUUUGGGAACUGGGCCAACAGACCUCAUAGGUUUAACAAUAUGUGGGCACAACUGUCUGCUCACUGCUGAAUGGAUGUCUGCUAGUAAAAUUGUGUGUCGAGUUGGACAGGCUAAAAAUGACAAAGGAGACAUUAUUGUUACUACAAAAUCUGGUGGCAGAGGAACUUCAACUGUGUCCUUCAAGCUGCUGAAACCGGAAAAAAUAGGUAUCUUGGAUCAGUCUGCUGUCUGGGUGGAUGAAAUGAACUAUUAUGACAUGCGCACUGAUAGAAACAAAGGGAUUCCCCCUUUGUCCCUACGUCCAGCUAAUCCACUUGGUAUUGAGAUAGACAAAGGCAGAUUUCCUCAAAAAGAUUUAGAGACGCUGUUCCCUGGGAUGAGUGCUGAUUUCACUAGCGAAAACUUCUCUGCUGCAUGGUACCUGAUUGAGAAUCAUUCAACAGCAAGUUUUGAUCAGCUCAAAAUGGCUGUUGUGAACUUGAAGAAACAAGCCAAUAAGAAAAGUGAGGGGAGUCUAGCUUAUGUGAAAGGAGGUCUCAGCACAUUUUUUGAAGCACAAGAUGCUCUGUCAGCAAUCCAUCAAAAACUGGAAGCGGAUGGAACGGAAAAAGUAGAAGGAUCCAUGACGCAAAAACUGGAGAAUGUACUGAACAGAGCCAGUAACACAGCAGAUACUUUAUUCCAAGAAGUGCUGGGCCGCAAGGAUAAAGCUGAUUCAACGAGAAAUGCACUCAAUGUCCUUCAGCGUUUUAAAUUUCUUUUCAACCUUCCACUGAAUAUAGAAAGAAAUAUCCAGAAGGGUGAUUAUGAUGUGGUUAUUAAUGACUACGAAAAAGCAAAGUCGCUCUUUGGAAAGACAGAGGUUCAAGUGUUCAAAAAAUAUUAUGCUGAAGUUGAAACCAGAAUAGAAGCUUUAAGAGAACUUCUGUUGGAUAAACUCCUUGAAACUCCAUCAACACUGCAUGAUCAGAAACGUUAUAUAAGAUAUCUUUCUGAUCUUCACGCGCCUGGGGACCCUGCUUGGCAGUGCAUUGGUGCUCAGCAUCAGUGGAUUCUACAGCUCAUGCACAACUGCAAGGAGAGCUAUGUUAAAGAGCAAAAAGGCACAUCAUUGCUCCACAGCUCCAUGCUAGACCUGGACAGUGAUGUGCGUCCAUCUCCAAUUGGCCAUCUCAGUCAAACUGCUUCACUGAAAAGAGGCAGCAGUUUUCAGUCUGGCCGCAAUGAUGCCUGGCGAUACAAGGCACCACAGCAAGUUGUGUUUGUUGAAAAGUUGACAAAACUUGUUGUAAGUCAGCUGCCCAACUUCUGGAAGCUCUGGAUUUCUUACGUGAAUGGAAGUUUAUUUAGUGAGACUGCUGAAAAAUCUGGCCAAAUGGAAAAAUCAAAGAAAAACGCUAGACAAAGACAAAAUGAUUUCAAGAAAAUGAUUCAGGAAGUUAUGCAUUCUCUGGAGAAACUUAUCCGUGGAGCUUUGCUUCCGUUCAGCCUCAAAGAAGGAGAAUCAAGACAGUAUGGUGGCUGGGAGAUGAAAUCUGAACUUUCUGGCCAGUGGCUAACACAUGUUAUCCAGACAGUAAGGCUUAGUUCUGAGUCUCUUACUGCACUUGAGAUACCCAAUGAUAUGCUUCAGAUCAUCCAGGAUCUUAUUUUAGACCUUCGAGUACGUUGCAUUAUAGUGACUUUACAACAUACAGCUGAAGAUAUAAAGAGGCUAGCUGAAAAGGAAGACUGGGUUGUUGACAAUGAAGGCUUGACAUCGUUGCCUUCCCAUUUUGAACAGUGCAUUGUCCAUUCCUUGCAAUCUCUUAAGACUGUGCUGGACUGCAAACCUGGAGAGGCCAGUGUGUUCCAGCAGCAGAAAAUACAGGAGGAUGUGUGCCAGUUAAGCAUUGGGAUCUUGCAGGUUUUCAUAGACUGUUUGGAACAACUGAGUACCAAACCUGAUGGUGACAUAGAUACAUCACAUCUUUCAGUUGAUGUUUCAUCUCCAGAUUUGUUUGGAAGCAUACACGAGGACUCAAGUCUUACUUCAGAACAAAGAGUUUUAAUUGCACUCAGUAACUGUCGUUAUCUGGAACGUCAUACCUUCCUAAACAUAGCUGAACACUUUGAAAAACAUGGCUUUCAAGGCGUUGAUAAAAUAACUCAAGUUAGUAUGGAAUCCUUGAAAGAGUUGGAUCAGAGACUGUUUGAAAUGUACAUUGAAUCCAAGGCAGAUCCCAUAGUUGGGUCAUUAGAACCUGGCAUUUAUGCAGGAUAUUUUGACUGGAAAGAUUGUCUUGUUCCAGCAGGUGUCAGAAACUAUUUGAAAGAAGCAUUAGUGAAUAUCAUCGCUGUGCAUGCAGAGGUGUUCACGAUUUCCAAAGAUUUAGUUCCUCGGGUAAUGUCAAGGAUUGUAGAAGCAGUCUCUGAAGAACUGAGUCGGCUGAUGCAGUGUGUUUCAUCGUUCAGCAAAAAUGGAGCUUUACAGGCAAGACUUGAAAUCUGUGCUUUGAGGGAUACGGUGGCCAUAUAUCUGACUCCUGAAAGCAACUCAAGCUUUAAGCAAGCUUUGGAAGCCUUGCCUCAACUCUCAAGUGGAGCUGACAAAAAGUUAUUAGAAGAGCUGCUAAACAAAUUCAAAAGCAGCAUGCACUUGCAGCUGACCUGUUUUCAAACUUCUUCAUCAGCAAUGAUAAAAACAUAGGCAUCGACACAAUACAGGCAACUCAACAGAUAAACACCAAUAAACAUCACCCAUUUUUCUGUACUACUUCGUUUCCUUUGAAGGCCCUGAGGAAAUCAGAAGGAAUUUCAUUGAAAAAGAAAUGAUGAGAUCCAACUCUGAGUAAUGGCAUGAGGUAUCCUGCUGAGUGAGAGUUCUGUUCAUAAUUAUCUUGACAAAGUGGUUUUCUGUCUACUGUAUUCCCUUCAGUGGAAGGGACUAAGUUUUGUUUACAUACACUCUUCUUGGCUGUAUGUUCGUGAAGACAUCUUUAUUUAUUUACGUGCUGUAAUCUCAGUUUCAUUUGUUAAAAAUACAUUUGAAUGUAUUUUUAGCAACUGUCACCUUAAAUUUUAGUAUUACACGUGCUGCUUGGUGUUUCAAUCUGUUACUUUCUAGAUGUAGAGCAAUGCUAAUGUAAAUGACUGGAAAACUCAUCUUCUGCAAACUAUUGAGAAGUAUGCUAUAAAGAUUACAACCUACAGGUGACUAAUAAGUAUUCAGAUACAGUAUGCUGAAGGACACUACUGUGCUUAACAGUGAUAAACUUUUUUUCCUGCUAUCAUCUAAAGUUGUAGUGGUUAUUAAGUCUGAUUUCUUGGAAGGCUUUUAUUUUCUUUUUUUCUAUUUAUCUAGACAGAUCUUCCUUGUCUUUAGUGUUUCCCUUCUGUUUGAGUAUUGGUGUUAACCUUCACAAUUGAAAUAAGCUUUCCUGUCACUGACCAUUAACAGAAGAGUGCUCUGAGUUUGAGAUUAGUAGAUGCUGUUAAAAAUAUUUAAGAAUAUUUAAAAAUGUUCUUUAGUAUUAAGGACUAUAAUAGUAAGCACUUCUGACUAUGUGCUAAGUAAGCUAAGGCGGAGCACAAUAUGUCAUUGUUUUUGCUGUUUAAUUCUCCUUCUUGUUAUCUCUUCUUGUUCUUACAGUCUUUCUACCACUGUCUUCCCCUUCUCUCUUGUUAUUCAUUCCUCUUUUCACCACCAGUUAUUGAAUUUGUUCAGAGGUGAACAGGACAAGAACAGUUUUGCUGCCAUUAGCUUACAGUUACACAGUUUAAGAGCUGUCAUCCCAACAAAGAAGCAGGACCAGAUUUGACACCGACUUUCAUUUUGAGACUUGAUAAAACAUGGAGGAAGCAACUAAUAUAAAGUGGUCUUGUGGCAUGGGGUGGGUUUAAUUUUAAAACUGAAAUCACACACUAAGAAACUGUGCAUUCAGUUUUCAAUUAUGUCAGCUUUUGUCUUUUGCCAGUCCAGUUACGCGCUUUAGAAACAUACAGUUCCAGUAAUUAUGAAAUGCUGUGAAAAACAGCUUGAUACUGAUGUAUUUACUCAUUAAAAUUGUGUGUAUGUAACAAUAGAGUGUUGAAUGGAAGUUUGAAAUUUCAAACAUAUGUCAUUAUUGGGUUAACAGGGAGAGCCUUUGAACAUCAAAAGCAGUGUUGUUCUGUUAAAUGUUGUCCAUUUGAAGCUGGUCAUAGUCUCAGCUUCUGAUGUUAACUGAAGUAAUUAGUUUGAUUGUAAAGGGUUACUUUCAAAAUAAUAAAACAUUAAGAAAGAUGA